AUCCUCAUUGAAUUCUCAUCGUGUUCGAAUUAUUUCAUCAUCAAAUCUUAUUAUUACAAAUCAAUGGGGGGAUACAUCAAAUAAAUUCAAUAAUUUUCAACUACCUACUGCUUCUACUGCAAUGACUACAUUCACUUCUAAAUCAAUUGAUUGCAAUAAUACUACUACUACUAAUAAUAAUCAUCAUCAUCAUACAUCUCCUUCUUCUUCUUCUUCUACUCAUCAUCCUCUUAGUGUUGUUGUCACUCAUUCAACUUCAUCUUCAUCAUUACUCUCAUCGUCGUCUUUGUCGUCAUCAUCAUCAUCAUCAUCGUUAUUGAAUAGUACUUCUACUACAACAACACCAACGACUACUACUACUACUAAUAAUAAUACUUCUUCUAAAACUUCAUCUCGUACUUCAACACAAUCAUUAUUUACUACUACUACUACAAAUCAUCUUAAUCCAACUAGCCUAGCGGUUAAUCAGAACCAUCAAAAAAUCAAUUCAAUUCGUCAUAAUUUGAUAACAGACACUAUCGGUAAAGAUGUGAAUGAAGUGAAUAAGGCUAAUAGUAAUAACAGUAGUAGUAGUAGUAGUAGUAGUACUGGUAGUAGUACUGGUUUGUGUAUAGAGAAACCACAAUCUGAAACCACCAACACCACCACCACCUCCACAUCAUUGAAACAAUCCACUAAUCGAAAAUCAUCACGUUGCAAAUCUAGUAGUAGUAAUUCAUUGAAUCCAUCGGAUCGUAGUUAUCAUCAACAUCAACAUCAACAUCAUGUAUUGUCGAAUCGAUUAAAACGAUCACAUGACACUAGUCCAAGUAGUUUAAGUACAAGUAGUAGUGAUAGUAGUAGCAGUAGCAGCAGUAGUAGUGCGAGUAGUACAAGUGUAAGUAGUAGUGAUAGUACAAGUAGUAGUAGUAGUAGCAGUAGUAGUAGUAGUGUGAGUAGUAUCAGUAGUAGUAGUAAGACAUCAAUAUCAUCGUCAAAAAGUUCGAAAUGUACUGCUACUGCUACUGCCACUUCUGCUACUGCAUCUUCUACAGCCUCUUCGAAAUAUCCUGCUGGUUCAUCGUCAACUACAACAUCAACAGCAGCAACAACUCGUCGUCGAAUAAAAACAAUACAAUCUAUCAAAUUAAAUCAUAAAUCUAAAUCAAUUGAUUCACAUGAACUGAUGAAGAAUAAACCAUUAACAACAAAACUGUCAUCUGAACGUAGUUCAUCUACAAAUUAUAAUGAUUCAUUAAAAGUUCAUAUUGGUAAAUGUAAAGAGAAUAAAUUUUUGAAAAAAACUAAUUCAUCAUUACAUAUGUCGAUAACACCAACACCGACAACAACAUCAGCAACACCAACACCGACAACAAUGAAUAGUUCAAAAUCUAGUGAUUCAAAUUCAUCAUCAUCAUCAUGGUUCACUGAUAAUACAACAACACCACCACCACCAUCAGAUUCAUCCAUAUUUCUACAUCAACAACCUUUACGUGUACAAACAAUGAAUUCAUCGAUUUUAUCACCUAUUCGUAAUUCCAUUAUUGCUAGUAAUGGUAGUUUAUCUAGUCCUGCAGGAUCUAAUUCUUCCAUUACUGGUCAGAAUAAUAAUAAUAAUCUACGACGUACACCAAAUAAUGUUGGAUGUUGUGAUAAUCUAACGAACAAUAAUAAUCAUUGUCAAUUUGAAUUUACUGGUCCAACAAUGCCUAAUCAACAUCAACAUCAACAUCAUUCAUCGUUGAAAUUAUCAACACCAACAAUGUUAACAAUGAAUGAAUUUAGAGUAAGUCCAACAUCAACAACUUGUUCUGUUAGCGCUACUAGCAGUGGAAUAAGUAGUGGUGGUCCUAGUUUUACUAGUACAAAUAGUAGUGGAGCUGGAAGUACUGGUGACAGUAGUAGUAGUAGUCCAUUAACAACAAAUAAUCAUUUUCAAUCUGUAAUCAAUUCGAAACUAUUAAAUUCUACUAAUCAAAUUAAAGUGACUUCAUCAGCAUCAUCAACAUCAUCAGCAUCAUCCUCCUCAUCAUCAUCGUUAUCACCGUUGAAACGUACUGUUGGACAAUCCAAUGGGAUUAUUGAUCAUACACAUUAUAAUAAUAAUAAUAAUAAUAAUACAAAUAAAUCACGUACAUUCAAUGAUUAUUCACCGUCAAAUUUAAAACUUCAUUUAUCCUCUUCAAAUACUACAGCAUUGGCUUGUUCUUCACCAGGUUCUAAUAAUAAUAAUAAUAAUAGUCCAUUAUGUUGUACAUCUUCAUCAACCACAACCACAACCACAACACCAUUAACAGUGUCAAUAAAACUUACCGGGAUAAAUCAUCGUUCAACACAACCCAACAGUAAUUUAAUAUCACCUUGUAGUCUUGCAGAAAAUUCUGAUCUGUUUAUGUCAAAUCAUGAUUAUAAACAACAACAGCAACAGAUCAACAAUGGAGAAACAACAUUACCAUUGACACCAGUUUCAGCUCCACCAAUACGAUGUUGUAAAACAUCACGACAUCAUUCAUCAAUGGAUAUUCAACGUCGUCGUCGUCGUAGUAUUACUGGUUUAGAUGGAUUGUCGUCAAUCACAACAGGAACAACAACAAGUUCUACUACUACAAGUAGUACUAGUACUUCUACAACAAAUGAUCAUUUUACUACUACCGAUUGGUGGAAUACUACCACUACUACUAAUACUAAUACUGGUACAACUACUACUACUGAAUCCCCUGUGUAUGAAUCAAUGUAUGAUAAAAUUAAACGUCGUACAAAUAAAGAGGCGGAAGAACGUCGUCAACGACAAUUGGAAACAUUUUCUACACGUGAUAAAACCAGUAAUAAUAAUAAUAACAACAGUAAUAGUAAUAGUAAUUGUAGUAAUAAUAAGAAACAAAGGAAAAAAGAUCAACCAGCGAAAUCGCCUACAUUAUCUACUACUAGUAAUAAUAGUAGUCAUAAUCAUCAUCAUCAUCAUCAUCAUAUUCCUUUAUCUUCACCAGAUUCAUUUAGUAGUGAACAACAACAGAUGAGUAUUGGUAAACUUUCAAAUAACAAUAACAGUAGUAAUAGCAAUAAUUUUUCAUUAAACAGUAGUAGUAAAUCACAACAUUCAAUCAUCAAUUCAAAAUAUUCUAAACUUGAUACUGUCAAUAAUAAUAAUAGUAAUCGUUCAUUGAGUAAAAAACAUAUGAAUCGUCAAAAGCAUGAAACUAAUGCAAUGCAUAGUACAUUUCUCAGUGGUGGUGCUAGUGGCGGCGGCGGAGUUGAUCAUACUCAUACUAAUACUACUAGUCUAUCUCAAUGGCAUUCUUCAACACAUUCGGAUAAAAUUUGCAAUGAUUCAGAACUAACGAAUGAAUCAUCCAAUUUGUAUACACGUAGAAUGUCUAGAAAUUUAUUAAAUUCUUCAAGAAAUAAACGUCGUCGAAGUAUUGUCAGUUCUUUAUCAUCAUCGUCGUCGUCGUCGUCGUCAUCAUCACCAUCGGUGGGGGCGUCGGCGGCGGCAGCAGCAGCAGCAGUAGCGUCAGCAGCAUCAUCUUCGUUAUCCUCACCAUCCUCGUCAUCAUCAGCAUCAAGUGAAGGUGAAUGUCAUUCGAAUUCACCACCGGAAACUUUAACUCGUUUAAGUUUGGGUAUGCGUUUCCCAGUGUCAGCUACUUAUCAUGAAUGUAUUCGACCAAGUAAAUCUUCGACAAUUACUAAUAAUAAUAAUAAUAAUAAUAAUAAUGUAAAUCGUAAAUGGACAACUCAUCAUCAUCAUCGGCUUAGCGAUGACGAUGAUGGUGACGAUCAUCGUGACGAUGAACAUGACCAUGAUGAUGAUGCCGGAGAAGAGGAUGAAGAUGUUUUGAGUCAAUUCAGUUCAUCUUUAUCAUGUUCAACUAAUGAUAGUAAAUUAGAUCCGACAAAUUGUUCGUUAAAACAAAAAAUUCCAUUUUCCACAACCACAACAACAACCAAAUUAAAACAGACAACUUUGAACUCGUCCAAUCCAUUUGGACGGAAUAAUAAUAAUAAUCAUAAAAAUUAUUGCUAUUAUGAUCAUGAUGAUCAUGAUGAUGAUGAUGACAUAACCAAUCAUCAACAUCAACAAAAACAUCACAAUCAUCAUCAUCAUCAUCAUCGACAUCAUCGCCAUCAUCAACAUCACUACCAGUCAAAUAAAAAAUCCUGCAUCAAUAAUAAUGCUGGCACAACUACAUUAGAAUGGAAAAAUACUGAGAAAAAAUUAAAAUUACAUCAUCAACAUCAACAGCAUAAUAAACAAAAUGAUAAUUAUCGUAAACAAUUAUCUUCAACAACUAUUCACAAUAAUAAUAAUAAUGUUGAUAAACAGAAGUCAACUAUGAAUAAUAAUUUACUUAAAAGGCAAUACAAUGAGAUCUAUUCAUUAAAAUCUACAAAUACUACUAAUACUAAUACUACUGAUUUAUUAUAUCCUAAUAAACGUAAAAGAAUUUUAAAUAAAUUACGCAAAAAAAAUCUACAUGAAACUGAUUGUAUCAAUAAUUCACAUCAUUUUAUUAUUGAAUCAAAGCAUCCUCGUAAACAUCAACAUCAACAACAACAACAUCAUCCUAGUUCAAAGCCAUAUUUUUCUGAUGAUGAUGACGAUGACGAUGGUACUUUGUUGGAUUCAGAAAUGGAAGAAGAUAUGAAAACAAAUACAUUGCUGCAUUGUUCCGAUUCUAUAUCACAUACAACUACAACGAGUGGUAGUGGUAGUAGUAGUAGUAUAAGUGAUCAUCAUCAUCCUCAUCAUCACAGUAUCAUGAAAGAUUCAUAUUUUCAUCAGAAUAAAUUAACUGAUCGACAAUUGUUGUUACCAUCAUCCUCUUCACCAUCAUCUAUCAUACAUCAUAAUGAAAUGAUGAUGAUGAUGAUGAUGAAUGAAUCGAAUCGAUUUCAUGUAGAGAAAAAUCAUUUACAAAGUCCUAAUUGUAAUCGAUACUGUCAUCAUCAACCUCAUCAACAUUCUCAUCAUCAUUCCGAUUAUAAUAAUAUAAAUAAAAAGGCUAAAAAAUGUUUAAAGACUAUGAUUACUACUAAUACAACUAGUACUACAACAACCCUUAGUACGAAUACUUAUAUUACCAGGAAUAGUAUUAAUAAUAAUAAUAAUAAUACACUUCAAUGUAGAAGAGAUCAAGAUGACGAUUGUGCAUUUGAUGAAGCUAUUUUAGAUUCGGAUCGUUUUUCUGCAAAUUCUAAAUCGACCAUUUCUACAGAACCAAUGGAACAAUGUGAACUUGAUGAUGAUGAUGAUGACGAUGACGGUGGGAAUACAAGUAGUCCAUGUAUGAAAUUUACCGAUGGUGAAGAUGAUGAUGACGAUGAAGAAGGUGGUGGUGCUGAUGGCGCUGACGACGAUGAUGAUGUUGAUGAUGAUGAAUGGCGUUCAGGUAUAGCAUCCAGUUCACCGAAUCCUCCAGUUCAUUUAGAAUUUGAUGAAGUUGUUUGUGACAAUCAUAAUGAUGACGAUGAUGAUGUGGAAGGUUGUGAAUUGGUGGUGGUAGAUAGUAAACCUGAACCAAAUACUACUGAUUCAUUUGUUGAAAAAUUAUCAAAUUCUAUGAUAGAAUCAUCAGAUGAAGAAAAAAUUCAAGAUACCACUGGUACCACUACUACUAGUACUUCUAUCAGUAUCAAUAAUCAACAUUCAUCAUGUGAUGGUACAGAUGAAAAGAAAUUUGAUCAUAGUUUUAAUCGAUCUAUCAAUGAUGAUGAUGAUGAUGACGCUGAUGAUGCGGAUGUUAAUCAUGAUCAUAAAUUAAAACGAUCUGAUUCAGUUACACUAUCGAAUCAUAAAUUGUCUCCAACGGAUUCUGUGGCUGCUACUGCUGCUCCUGGUGCUGGUGUUUGUACUGGUGAUCAACCAUUGAAUAAUACUAUAAAUCAUUUAUCAAUCAAAUCAGAAUCAACGAAUAAACAUACAUUAAAUUCCAAUCUAAUGAUGAUGAUGAUGGUGAAUAAUGAAAUUUCAACAAAAAUCUCUUCACCACAUCAUCAUCAUCAUUCAGUGGAAUUGAAAUUCAGUAAAGAAAAUUAUUCUCCAUCACAUUUACAAACAUGCAUUGUUUCACAAUGUUCAAUUGUAAAUAAUAAUAAUAAUAAUAGCAGCAGUAACCAAAAUGUUGAUCAUUUGAAUACAACAACAGGCGCAAUGAUCAGCUCAUUGAAAACUUCCAUUGAUAAUGAUCAAUCUCAUAGUGAUGAUUGUUUGAUUUUGCACACUCCUGUUACUACUGUCAGUACUCCUACGACUACUCUUACAACAUCAUUGAAUAAUACUCAUUCAGAAACAACCACUGCACCGACACCUUCAACGACACCCACAACAUCAACAUCAACAACCAUGAUGAAUGAUACAAAUGUUGUCAAAGAAAUCACACCGAAUGUAUCAUCAUCAUCAUUGAUGAAAAAUGAACAUUUUCAUCAAAUUGCAUCAUGUAUACCACCACCACCUCAAUCAACAUUGAAUAAUUCUUCAUCAAAUGAUUCAAUCUCAUUGAAUUCAAUGUGUACAAUGUCAAAAAUCACUAAUCAUUCUCCAUUGAUUAUUGACAAUCAUAAUAAUAAAACUGUAAAUGUUAAAACAUACGAUAAAUCAUCGGAAUUAUUUACUCAAUACGAUCAUCAUACUAGUUCACGUCAAACAUGUCAUACAAAGACAACGACAGCGACAUCGACAUCGACACCAACACCGACAACAUCUCUUUCGACUACUUCACAACCAACUGAAGUACAUGAUAUUACACGAUAUGUUCAAAGUGUUAUUGAACGAGUGAAAGCAGAACGUGUUGAAGAAUAUCAACAAGCAGCUGCUGCAGCUGCACAUUCACAUCAUUCAACAACUAUGCCAUCAUCUAUGACAAUGCCUACAACAACAACAACAAAUUUAUCAAAUUUUACAUUAAAUCAAACAAUGAAAUUACAUAAUGAACAGACAAAUUUAACUGGAAUCAUAUCACCUCAUAAUAAACGAUCAUCAUAUGGUAAUAGUAGUAAUAAUAAUUGUAAUAGUAAUCACAGUAGUAGUGGCAGUAGUGGUCAACGUCGUUCAUUACUUGUUACUACUGUCAAUACAUGUUCUCCAUCGAAAAUGAAUACUUCAACAAGAUCUAGUAAAUUAUUAAGUCCUAAUACAAAUCAUUCUGUGAUGAUGACAACAACAACAACAUGUCAUAUUGAUUUAUCAUGUGUGAAUGUUGUCACAAAUUCAAUGAUAUCAUCACCACCACCACCACCUUGUACAACAACAACAACAACAUCAAGUAUACUUCAUCCUAAACUAUCAACAUCAUCAUCUGAUGUACAAUUACCAUUGAUUCCAGGAGUUAAUGCUUGUGCACCAUUGAAUUUACCUUCUUGUACUACUACUACUACUACUACUACUACUACUACUACUACUGGUCAAUUAAAUACUACUCGUGUAACAAGACAGUCGUGUAAUAAUAAUAAUAAUAAUAGUGGUAAUACAUUUGAUAAUUUACAAAAUUCUACAAAACGAUCUGAUAUUUCUCAUCAUUCUAAUCAUCAUAAUAACUUAGAUAUAUCAUCUACAACACCAUCAUCAUCAUUGCCACUAGUCAAUCAGACUAAUCGACGUCAAAGACGUUCUGAUAGUAAAACACUAUCAUCAAAUACUGGAUCAAUGUUUCCUUAUACAACAUCUCUAGUUUUGACUUCAUCAGUUACAAUUAAUCCAACUGUAAUUUCUAUUUCAUCAUCCGCUUCAUCAUCAACUACUAUUUGUACUAAGACAACUGACAUGAUUAUUUCAAAUCAUCCUGUACUAACAACAACAACAGCGUUACCUACAUCUUCAAUUGACUGUGUACAACAUAAAAUGAAAAAUUCUACGACUACAACUACUAGUAGUAGUACAAUCCACGCAUCGAUUGAUCCAUAUGAACCAAAUUUUGAUGAAGAAUCACCAGUAAAUUUCAAUCCAGCUCAAUUACAUCCUCAUCGAUCUUCAUCCCCGGCAUUAUGUUCAUCACCUAAUACUAUUGUCAAUGUCAACACCACUCAUCAAACUCGUAAAACAGCUUGUACUACUACAAUUGAAAGCAUUAAUAAUACAAAUGGUCAAUCUAUUGCUUCUUCUACACCUUUAAUGGGAGUUGCCUCAUCAUCGUCGUCAACAGGACUUGUUAUAACCGAUUCAAAAUCUAAUCGAAAUACUGAAAUGAUUGUAUGCCCUAAUGUUACUGGUACUAUUACUAAUACUAUGACCACUUCAUUGUCUCUGUCUGAAUCUUCAAUGUUGAAUGUACCACCGACAACAACAACAAUGACGACGACCGCGACACCAACGACUACUUUCUGUGUUACUACUACCUCGAAUCAGUCAUCUGUUGAUACAGUAGAUGAAGUGAUUAGUGAUGUAUGCGCUGGUCAUUUUGAUGUUCAAAGUUAUCUCAAAAAUUGGUCAUGUAAUAUGACUACGAUUAAUAAUCCUGUUACUACUAAUACUACUACUACUCCAGUUGGCACAACUAUAAUUGCUAAUAAUAGUAUACAACCGAUUAAAGUUUCUAUCAACAAUCCUUUAUCAUCACAUGAAUCUAAACCUAAUCAUAUUUCAACAUGUAUUCCAACUAUGACUAGUACUAUUAGUACUGCUACACCUACUACUUCAACGAGUACUGUUAAUACAGCUACAACUACAACUACUACUACAACUUGUCCUACUGUAACUAUUACAACUAAUCAAUCAACACGGUCAAUGAAUCCAACUAUAGUAACUAAUUUAGCAAAUAAUUCAACUGGUGGUGUUGGUGGUGCUGGUCUACCAUUCUCUCUACCAAUUACAAGUGAACCAAUUGUAGCUGCUGUUACAAUACCAACUGGAAAAACUAGUAAUCUCGGAGGUAAAAUAGAUUCAAACAAUGCUAUUAAUAUUGGUACAGGUAGUGCAGUGUUAAAUACACUACUUGCUGCUUUACAACUUAUCCCAGGUAGUCAAGUGACAGUGACUGGUCCAGCUGCUGCAGCAGCUGCCGCCGGAGUUGUUGGUAAUAAUAAUUCACGUACUAUAUCUGCUGCGACUAUUACACUACCAGUGAAUGCAGCUCAACAAGCUGCUGCUAAUAUUAAGGCUGCUGUUCUAUCUGUUACCAAUCCUAAUCAUCAAGGGAAAGCAACAGCACCGGCAGCACCAGUUAACAUCGAUUGGAAUCAACAAGAUUCAUUAUUGAAUGUCAAUAAUAGAACAACAACUACUACUACUACCAAUACUACUACUUGUACUACUACUACUACUACUAGCACAGAAUCAGUUCAAAAUGAAUUGAAAGUCUCGCAUGGAGUAUUUACUCCAUCAUCAGUGUGUUUAACCUCUG